CCAUAUGUAUAAAAUCAUCAUCAGCCUUAACUGAAAGAAAACCAGAACAGAGCAGAGUGUUCAAGUUAUUUCCCAUUUUUUGGUCUUUCUUUAUGCCAACUGAUAAUCAAAUGAAAGACAUGAAACCGAAUUCCAUAAUGGGAUCGUCAGUCACCGACGGCGAGAUCGUGUGCGUAACAGGCGGCUCUGGGUUCAUUGGUUCAUGGCUCAUCAAGCUGCUCUUGGAACGCGGUUAUGUCGUCCGAGCCACUGUGCGCGACCCUGGCAACUCGAAGAAGGUGAAGCAUUUACUAGAGCUACCUAAAGCAGAGACGCACUUGACUCUUUGGAAAGCAGAUUUAGCUGAAGAGGGAAGCUUUGAUGAUGCAAUUCAAGCUUGUACGGGUGUGUUCCAUGUGGCCACGCCUAUGGACUUCGAGUCCGAGGACCCUGAGAAUGAAGUCAUAAAACCAACAAUCAAUGGAGUGCUAAGCAUCAUGAAAGCUUGCGCCAAAGCCAAAACUGUUAGAAGGUUAGUGUUCACAUCAUCAGCUGGAACUAUUGAUGUUGCAGAACAACAAAAGCCCUGUUAUGAUGAAACCUGUUGGAGCGACCUUGAAUUCAUCCAGGCCAAAAAAAUGACUGGUUGGAUGUAUUUUGUCUCCAAGACAAUGGCAGAGCAAGCAGCCUGGAAAUUCGCUAAAGAAAAUAACAUUGAUUUUGUCAGCAUAAUACCACCUUUGGUGGUCGGUCCAUUUAUUAUGCAAUCAAUGCCGCCAAGCCUCAUAACUGCACUUUCUCCUAUCACCGGGAACGAAGCUCAUUAUUCGAUCAUAAAACAAGGCCAAUUCAUUCAUUUGGAUGACUUGUGCAGAGCUCAUAUCUUUCUAUUCGAGAAUCCAAAAGCGGAAGGUCGCUACAUUUGCGCCUCUCACCAUGCUACCAUUAUCGAUCUUGCAAAAAUGCUCAGUGAAAAAUACCCUGAAUAUAAUGUUCCCACCAAGUUCAAAGAUGUGGAUGAGAACCUGAAGAGUGUGGAGUUCUCCUCAAAGAAGCUCUUGGACUUGGGAUUUGAGUUUAAAUAUAGCUUGGAAGACAUGUUCGUAGGAGCUGUCGAGACAUGCCGAGAAAAGGGACUGCUUCCUCUUUCUAAUGAGAAGAAUAUCAAAAACAUAGACUGAAAAAUAUGAACUUUCAACAAUUGAGUGCCUACCCAUGUCUUCCAUUUCUAGUAGUGAAAACAAUAAAGAUUUAAAUCUAUUAUCUGUUUCCUGGUAUUGUACAAUUUUUAAUUGCAAACAUUGGUAAUGUAAUUUGGAGUCUAUUCUGGGAA